CAGGCUCAGAAAGUUUCCCUAUAAAAACUCAGUGGACUUGGCCUCUCUUUUUAUGCAAGAAGAAAACACAGCUCCAGAAGGAAGCUCCCCAUACCAAAAGCAGAGGUACAAUGCAGCAGUACUGGGCCUUUGCAGCGGUUAUCUGUUUCUUGUGUUUUUCCAGUGAUGCCUUCCAAAGGAUUUCCCUCAAAAAAAUGCCCUCAAUCCGAGAAACUCUGCAGGGGAUGGGCCUGAAGGUGUCCGACGUCCUCACUUCCUUGCAGCAUGGCACCUACUAUCUUGGUGAAGGGACCCAUAACAGAACAGCACCAACCAUCCUCACAAACUACCUGGAUAUGCAGUAUUACGGUGAAAUCAGCAUUGGCACCCCAGCUCAGAUCUUCAAAGUCGUCUUUGACACAGGUUCAGCCAACCUUUGGGUGCCAUCCCACCAAUGCUCGCCGCUAUUCAGUGCCUGCAUUUCCCACAACCGCUAUGACUCCUCCAAAUCAAGCACAUACAAGCCAAACGGAACGGAAAUUGUGGUCCAGUAUGCCCAAGGAUACAUUAAGGGUUUCCUUAGCCAAGACAUUGUCAGAGUAGCUGAGAUUCCUAUUGUCCAGGUGUUUACAGAAGCCACAGUACUAAGUACCAAACCUUUCAUCUAUGCCAUGUUUGAUGGGGUACUUGGGAUGGGGUAUCCCAGCCAGGCCAUCGACGGUGUUAUGCCAGUGUUCGAUAAGAUAAUAUCGGAAAAGGUCUUGACAGCAAAAGUCUUCUCUGUUUACUACAGCAGAAAUGCUGAGUUGAACAUGGGUGGAGAGAUUAUCUUGGGAGGCAGUGACCCAUCUUACUACAUCGGUGACUUUCACUAUGUCAGCAUUAGCAGGGAAGGCUAUUGGCACAUUGGUCUUAAAGGGGUAUCUGUAGGGAGUGAGAUGCUGUUCUGUCAUGAAGGCUGCACAGCUGCUAUUGAUACAGGGGCUUCCUUUAUCACUGGCCCAGCCAGUUCAGUGGCUGUUCUGAUGAGAGCCAUAGGGGCUACUCUGGUUGAAGAAAAAGAUUAUGUCAUUGAAUGUAAGAAAAUCCAUUUGCUGCCUGAUAUCUCCUUCCAUCUUGGAGACAGAGCCUACACACUCAGCGGUUCUGCCUAUGUGCUCCAGCAUGCAAGCUAUGGGAAAGAGCUCUGCGUCGUGGCCUUCUCCGCGCUUGACAUCCCUCCUCCCCUGGGUCCUCUCUGGCUUCUGGGUGCUACUUUCAUUGGGCAGUACUACACCGAAUUUGAUCGGCAGAACAACCGGAUCGGCUUUGCCACAGCUCUCUGACACCAUGAGAGUCCUAUUUUGCAGAAGGGACUACUGAAACUGUGAAAGAGAAUGGCUUAAUAAUAUAUUGUUUUCAAAGCAGAAAGUACUUGUGUCUACAUAUAUGCAAAACUCACAUUUUUCUGUUGCAUCAACAUGGGCUAUACAGCAGUGAUCACUUCUUCAGUCCAAUAAACCUUGGACUUCCAUCUCCUCUUCAUAUAUCGUCCACUGAAGCUGGAGAGUUGAAAGUUUGAGAUUUCCAUUUUAAAACCAAGAUACUUAUCUUUCCAUCUUAAAUGAUCUUCUAUAAAGUAGAUUGUUUUCAUUGAAGAAUUUAUCUGUGUAACACAGAAAAUGGCUAUCUUUUGUGGUUACUUGCUUCCUUUCACUUUUGAGGGUUGUGACAUCCAUGCAAAAAGGGAUGUUCCAGACUUGGCAAGUCUCCCCCAUUUUCAGCUGAAGUAUGACCAAGCAAAAUAUUGUGUUAAAAGCUAAUGAAUCAAGGUGAGAAAGGGAGUUUUGAAAGAUGUGAAAGAAAUCUUAUCUAUAUUACAUAUUUAAACAGGUUUGAAACACAUUUUCUUUAUCAUAAUGAUCUAGGUUUUACCCGAAUUCACACAGUCUUGUGAAGGCAUAGACAACAGAGAUUGGCUUUUACAGCACUUUAUUUUUAGAAUCCAUUGAAUUGGAAGCACAAAAGGACAGAGUGCCCCAAACCUAAGAAGAAUAGGACUUAUUCUUAUUUAACACCCAUAUUCUCAUCUGGUGCAGUUUUCAAUUAAUAUUUAAAUCUGCAAGCUAGCCUUCCAAAAUUUGGGACCCUCCAUAUGCACUUGACUACAGUUUCCAUGAUCUCCUCCCAUUGGUUAUUCUGGCUGUGGAUUAUGGAUGGUGCAAUCCAACACAUCUGGAGGACAUGGAAUUAAGGAAGGCUUUUGGAAUAGAGUAUUACUGAGUCACUCAGUACAGUUGUCUGAUAAAAUCUGGAUAACAUCUACAAGUCCUAGCAAUCUUGGUCAGGGUUAAUGGGAGUUCAGCAACAUCUGGAACAUCACAGGAUUCCCUCCUCUCCUCAAAUUUUGCACUUCUGUAACUUGUCUGUCUUCCAUCAUGGCUCUAGAUGCAGUUUCGAGAUUAUUGCCCACCUAAGCAUUAGCUAGCCUCAGACCUGCUUAGAUUUAGCAGGUGGUUAAACCAUGCAUCUGCAAACUAUGCCCCAAGAAAAUUUUUAACAUCCAACAAUGUGCUAAACUGUGGGGAUGCCAAGUUAGGGUGGCAUUAACUUCCUGUAAAUGUCAGAAUCAAGUCUUCCAUUUAUCAGAAUAACCAUGGUAUUCAUCCAUUUCUUCCUUCCAUGAUUCUGUCUCUGCAAUUCUGAAGUAAGGAAUGGGCAAGGCAAAGAGCAACUGAGUGUGCAUCACUUUUGCAUCUAAAGAACUGAAUGUCUUCUUGUAGUCUUACAUACUGAACAGGAAUAAAAUUAGGUGCAAACUA